CGCAUUGUCUGAUUCAAUUUUUCCAAAACAACAACAAAGGAAUGGCAAGAUUAUAACAUUUUUCAUUUGCUCUCUUCGGAGAAUGUCUUGAAUGAACGAUGAACCUGGCAUCUAGAUCAGGCGAGCCUAGUGGCAGCCUUCUUUUUGUCAAUUUUAAUCAAGAUAUUUCAUCCAUAGCUGUUGGCAGUGUCAUGGGAUACAAACUGUAUUCUCUCAACUCUGUUGAAAAACUCGAUGAAAUCUACAAUUAUGAGGGUGAAGACAUCUGUAUUGUUGAAAGACUAUUCUCCAGUAGUCUUGUAGCUGUCAUCAGCUUAUCUUCUCCUCGCAAGCUGAAAAUCUGCCAUUUCAAGAAAGGAACUGAAAUAUGCAACUACAGUUAUCCAAACACUAUUUUAUCUGUGAAGCUAAACAGAUUGAGAUUACUUGUGACCUUAGAAGAAAGUUUAUAUAUUCAUAAUAUUCGUGAUAUGAAGGUGUUACAUACAAUUCGAGAUACUCCACCAAAUGUCCUGGGUCUUUGUGCUCUAUCACCAAGUUCAGAGAAUUGUUUCUUAGCCUAUCCUGGAAGUAAUCAGAUUGGUGAAGUUCAGAUUUUUGAUGCAGUCAACUUAAGAGCAGUUACAAUGAUAUCGGCCCAUGAUUCUCCUGUUGCAGCUCUUACCUUCAACACAACAGGAACUAAACUAGCAAGUGCUUCUGAAAAAGGAACUAUUAUCCGAGUAUUCUCAAUUCCUGAUGGUCAGAAACUAUUUGAAUUUAGAAGAGGAGUGAAAAGAUGUGUGGUGAUCAGCUCUCUGGCAUUCAGUUUGGAUUCAAUGUUUCUUUGUGCAUCAAGUAAUACUGAAACUGUCCAUGUUUUUAAACUUGAAAUACCCAAGGAAAAGACUGUGGAAGAAACUAAUACUUGGAUGGGCUAUUUUGGUAAAGCUUUAUCUCCUAGUAAUUAUUUACCAUCACAGGUUGCGGAGGUCUUCAGUCAAGGUCGUGCCUUUGCUAAUGUCAAACUACCAACUGCUGGUCUCAAAAAUGUUUGUGCUAUUGCGACGAUCAGUCGACUACCUCGACUUUUUGUCGCUACAGCUGAUGGAUAUCUUUAUAUUUAUAACAUUGAUCCUGAAGAAGGAGGCGAUUGUACUUUACUCAAACAACACAAGAUAAUAGAUGGUAGUGAUGUAGAGACGAGAAAUGAAGAAGCAAGCGGUGAAAGUGAGAAACCUCGCAAAGACGAGGAACUGACCCCUAAAGGACUUCUGGGAACGCAAUCAACUACACCACCAACACAAGAUAGCGUGGAGACGGAUGAUAGCCAAUCACAAACCACAAAGAAUACCACGUGGUACACGGAGGAAACAUCGACAGAGAAACAUGAUGACGACAUUCCACCUUUGGCAAUGCCUAGCGAUGAAUGAACCUUAAACAUGCGUAUGUAAACGAUUUAUUGUUAUAUAUGCUCCCCUCCUUGGUUUGGGAUAUUAUCGAGUACAUCACGGGGGGUGUGACGCUGGGUUAUUUUCUAGGAACUUGUAGAGAGAAAUUAUACCAUUGUAAUCUUGA